AUGAAAAAGAAAAAUCAGAAAGCAAAGAAAAACAGAUUUGAUAAUACAAGCGUGAAGAAGCGAGGCUUUAUAUCUGCUCAGCAUAUAACGAUCUGUUUGUGUGGGGAGAAGAUUGUGUGGGGAGAAGAUUUUGAAGCGAUCUUGGGUAUUUUGGAAGACGAUGACGAAGUAGAAGAACAAUUUUCCGUCGCAGUUAGAAAUGCUCAGCGUCAAGAAAUUGUUUGUCAUGACUGCGGAAAGAAAUACAAAACAAUAGGAGGUUAUCACAGACACAGGGCUACAAAACACAACAAUCAACAGGAAGGAUUGGAGCAGGUGCAGCAGUUAAGCCUGAGUGUUCUUGCAGAAAUAAUUGACCGUGCUAUCCGCAGUGUUAAGGAAAGGAAAGUUUUUGCAGAAAAUUUAAGGAAGGAGCUCAGCAAUUACUUAUACCAACAGCUACAAAAAGACAGCAAUGAAUUCUCUGCCAUAAAAGCAAUCUAUGAAGGAUAUACAAGAAAUGGAGAUGCAGAAAAGUUUUAUGGAAAAUAUUAUGCAACAGUGGCUGUAAAGUCAACCCAAUUCUUCAGUGGACUUUCUAGGAAUGCAGCAACACUACUCGCAACCAAAGUUGCUGACUGUUUGCUGACAUACUCUAAGCAACAAAAACACUCUACUGAAAGCAGUCAUAAUAUAAAAACUGUGUUGUCAGAUAAGGAGAAAGCUGGGAUGCAAUAUCUUGAAGGUUAUGUUCUGCAAAACUUACACAAAAAACAUGGAUGAACUAACUCAGUGGAGAGCCAACAAGCUAUGGCAAUACUGAAAGCUGGGAAACUGGAGAGCAUAACUAACUCUGGCCAGAAACUUGUCUCAGCUUUGAAUCGUGGGGGACUUUGGUCAAUUACUCAGCCUGCACCGCAAAUAUUUUUAAAAACAGAAUGUCAUUUUAGGCAAUUUACAUCAAAGCCUGAUUCGCAAAGAUUGGAUAUUUCUGGCAUCACUAACAAAGCAACCAGUGAUAGUGACAUCCUUGCUAACUACAAUUUGAUGAUAUCAGAUGCAGAACUUGAACCGGACAGUCAUGUUUGUAAGGAUGUCUUACGUGGCAUUGUUAGUCUGUAUGUACAAGUACGUUAGUUCUCUUUUGCCAAGGAUGUCAUUCAGCAUUACAAGAUCACAGCAACCCAAACCAAAGCAAGGGCUUUAUGCAAGGAAAUUAGUAGAAGUUGUCAAGGUGAUGACCAAUAAAGGCAGGAAUGAGACUGUUAAUUCACAUUUUUGAUUAGUAGCUUAUGAUCAGUACCACCAUUUGCAGUGAAGAAAAUAAAUGUAUUGUUAACUCUGAAUUUUUUUAAACUUUGUUUCAGGUUUGUUAAAACAAUGAAAUUCAUUCAAGUUAUCAGUGAGAUAGAUUAUAAGAACUUGGGAAUGGAUUGUUAAUAAAUCAUACUUCUUGUUUUAUAUGCUCCUAAUAAAAUCAGACUUUUAUAACCUUUUGAAACAACUAUUUCUACUUUCCUGAAACCCUAAAGUGUGUCAGCCAAGAGUAAUUUAUCAGUAGACACUAGUUGAUGACCAAUUAACUAAAAAGGGCCAAUUAUUUUUCAUGAAAGGGACUUUACUUAGACACAGUCCUUUUGUUGUCGCUAAAACCUCCUACCCCAGUAACUGCAUUGAAAAUUCAAAUGAAAUGUAGAUGGCUACAAUUUUGUAAUGACAACAAAUUCAAAGGAAACUUGCUUUCUGUCAUUGUUAGGUGAACAUGCACUAAAAAAAUCUUCAUCAAAUGACAUGAGAUAAUUGUAUCUUAUUCCAUAAUACAAAAUGUACACUGGCUGCUAUGUAAUUAAUCUCCUCAAUGAUGAAUUGACUUGAUUGAUUACAGUUUCAGUUUUUUUCUACAUGCUUUUAUGGUCUUUCUUGAGAAAAGCAGGUACUCCAAACAUUGUGGGCAUGCACCUUCCCCGACUUCUUUUUCGCACAUGAGAUGGCAGUCAUUUGACCUCCAGAAACCUUUGUUGGGAAACUGCUCACCCUGCUAACAUGCCUGAAGUGGGUCUUCAUUUUAUGGGAAUUACAUGAUGAAACAGCUGGCUUGUUAAUUCACUGGCUUCCACUCCACAGCAAAGUUUAUAGCACUCUAGCUCUCUUACAAUUUCACAUACUGAAAUGUUUCUGACUGAACGAUAGUGAGUAACAUAGAGGGGAUGACCAAAGGCUUUCACAGUGUGUGCAAGACUGUCAUCGAUCAUUAUUUCUACUUCUGGGAGAAGGAAAGGUUCUACAAUCUUUUUCAGAAUAAGUCUGUCUGACAUUGUUUUCAAUUUCCACCCUUUCAGGGUUUUCAGGCCAGUGAUUCGCCGGCACAAUUCACCAAACGACUUGUAACAUGCCUUAGGUUGUUGAUCGUGCUCCUCGACAACCGAUCGAGCAGGUCUUGGCGUAGGUCUCGCAGACUCGUGACUUUUCCUUGGCAUGUUUAAUGCAGGGAUGGCGCCGAAUCGUAGUUUCUCCUUCGUCAUUUUCGCCGUUUGAACUGCAUUUGAAAAUAUAGUAAAACACAAAUAAGAAUGAUGAAAAUUAACCUUCAAGAAAAUUUCACAGAGAUCGUAAAUAAACAAAACCAUACGGAAAGCGAGAGCUUGUCUUCAAUUUCUACUGUAAGCUUAUAUCGCAGCCGUACUUACAUAUUUCAAAAUCUUCUACGUCGAAGUGUUUUUCACAGGUAAACACCUUGUCGUUUCGAUCCUUUUUCGAAAUUCAUGGUCGAUCUCACGCGUCUUUGUGAUCUCACUCAACCAAUCAUCCUGCCAUUUCUUGUGUGCCUCGUCCUUCGCUGCGGGCAACUUCCAAAUACCGAUUCUUAUCGUUCUUCUACAACUCCCACAGCCAAACACAGCGCGGUUAUCUCCAGGCAUGACGACUAAUGAAUAGUGUAGCUAUAACACUCAUCGGAUCGAGAUUAAUCUAAGCUAAAAAUCCGGCGAAAUACAGCGUAAGUUUCCGCACACUCACGUAACUCCGAUCGACAUGUUUGCUUUUCCUUGUGCACGGUCAU